UAAAUCCAAUUGAAUAUCCUACCUAGACAGGUGACAGCCACAUUCACCAAUCCAUCAAUUUCUUGUUGAAACACAUAUCAUUGGUUUUGACGACAUAAAUUUGAGUAUAUAUAUAAGGACAUCACACACCAAGAAUUAAUUAACACAACAUAAUAAAAAUAACAAUGGCCUCAAACAGCAACCUCUCGGUUCUCAACGCCCUCGACAAUGCCCGCACGCAGAUGUACCACGUCACCGCCAUUGUGAUCGCUGGAAUGGGAUUCUUCACCGACGCAUACGACCUCUUCUGCAUCUCCACCGUCUCCAAGCUCCUCGGCCGCCUCUACUACUACGACCCCACCACCGGCAAGCCCGGGAAGCUCCCCCACAGCGUCAACAACGUGGUCAUCGGCGUCGCCCUCGUCGGUACCCUAAGCGGCCAGCUCUUCUUCGGCUAUUUGGGCGACAAGCUCGGCCGCAAGAGAGUCUACGGCGUCACCCUCAUCCUCAUGGCCUCCUGCGCCAUCUGCUCCGGCCUCUCCUUCGGCUACAGCCCCAAGGUGGUCAUGGGGACGUUAUGCUUCUUCCGCUUCUGGCUCGGCUUCGGAAUAGGCGGCGACUACCCUCUCUCCGCCACCAUCAUGUCCGAGUACGCCAAUAAAAAGACCCGCGGCGCCUUCAUCGCGGCCGUCUUCGCCAUGCAAGGCGUGGGGAUCAUCUUCGCCGGUUUAGUCUCCAUGAUCAUAUCUCGGGUCUUCCUCGGGAUGUAUGCCGGGCCGGCCUUCAGUGAGGAUCACGUGUUCUCCACCGAGCCCGAGGCCGACUACGUGUGGAGAAUCGUGCUGAUGAUCGGCGCGCUCCCGGCGCUGCUGACGUUCUACUGGAGGAUGAAGAUGCCGGAGACAGGGCGGUACACGGCCUUGAUCGAGGGGAACGCGAAGCAGGCGGCGGCGGAUAUGGGGCGCGUGCUCGACAUCGAGAUCAACGCGGAGCAGGAGAAGGUGGCUCAGUUCAACUCCGCUAACGAGUACAAGCUUUUUUCGAACGAGUUCUUCACCCGCCACGGGAAGCACUUGAUCGGGACAGCAACCACGUGGUUUUUACUAGACAUCGCUUUCUACAGCCAAAACCUAACGCAGAAGGACAUUUUCCCAGUGAUGGGGCUGACGCAGGAAGCCGUAAAUGUCAGCGCGCUAAGGGAGAUGUUCGAGACGUCGCGGGCGAUGUUCGUGAUCGCUCUCUUCGGGACCUUCCCGGGCUAUUGGUUCACCGUUGCCUUCAUUGAGAAAAUCGGGCGGUUCUACAUCCAACUAGUCGGAUUCUUCAUGAUGUCUUUGUUCAUGUUCAUCAUUGGAGUGAAGUACGAAUACCUCAAGAACAAGGACCACAAGUGGACCUUUGCGGCACUCUACGGCCUCACCUUCUUCUUCGCCAACUUCGGCCCCAACAGCACGACCUUCGUGCUGCCCGCCGAGCUGUUCCCGACGCGGGUGCGCUCGACGUGCCACGCCCUGAGCGCCGCGUCGGGGAAGGCCGGGGCCAUGAUCGGCGCCUUCGGGAUACAGAACUUCACGCAGGACGGGAAAUCCGAGCAGAUCAAGAAGGCCAUGAUCAUCUUGGCCAUUACCAAUCUGAUGGGAUUCGGCUUCACCUUCAUGCUCACUGAGACCAAGGGCCGGUCGUUGGAGGAGAUAUCCGGGGAAGAUGCUGGCUACGGCGAUGCUCAGGUCGCCGACCAACCCGACCAUUGAUUUUCGGACUUGAUAAAUUUUAUUGCUACUACUUACUACAAAAGGAAAUGCUUUGAAUAAAUUAAGGUGUGGCACCAACAUUAAAUAAGAGCUGGAUGGACGAUGUGCAACUAUCAUUUCUCAUACACAUCGACUCAUAAUUUUGUGUUUUUUGUCCUUAAAACUUUCUUCUAAAGUGAAACAUACUCCCUCCGUCCCCUAAUAGGAGUCAUUGUUUGACCGGGCACGAGUUUUAAGAAAUGUAAAGAAAAGUUGG